AUGGCCGAUCUCAGCCAGUUCACAGUACAGAACCUCUUCAACAUCAAGGGCUGGGUAGCCGUAGUAACAGGAGGAGGCACCGGAUUAGGACUCAUCACCGCCCAAGCUCUCGCAGCUAACGGAGCAAAAGUCUACAUCACAGGCCGACGAGCAGAGAAGCUCAAGGAAGCCGAACUUGACGAUGCUACAAGUGGCGGCUCGAUCAGAGGGAUUCAAAUGGACUGCACCGACAAGCAAAGUAUCCAAGAAGGCGUCAAAGCUAUCCAGGAGAAAUUCGUCAACCUUCUCGUUAACAACGCAGGCCGAACCUCUGGGAACUACGGACCUAAAGGCUUUCCUACUGGAGACAUCAAUUCAAUUUCAGAGGAGUUACUAAACAAUCAUACCUUUGAAAACUGGCUCGAGAUCUACAAGAUCAAUGUCGCUAGCUGUUACUUCACCUCAGCAGCUUUCUUGCCUCUCCUAGUAGCAGCCCGAGACAACGGCUACUCCGAAGCAGGCUCGAUAUUAAAUAUCAGCAGCAUCGCAGGUCUUACGAAAGAUUCCCUAAAUGGACAAUUCAGCUACAACGCCUCCAAAGCCGCCACAAUCUCUUUAACGAAGCAGCUUGCGGUGGACUUCAAACGCCCUGGGAUUGAAGUGCGUGUUAAUACCCUUGCCCCAGGGUUUUUCCCGUCGGAGAUGAAUCCGAUUGCUAGGGAUGAUGGACAGCAAAAGGAUUUUUUUCGAAAUGAAUGGGGAAUUCCUUUCGGUCGAGCUGGGGAGGCUGCUGAAUACGCUCAGGCGGUUUUGAAUUUUGCCAAGAAUGGAUAUAUCACCGGCUCGACUUUGGCUAUUGAUGGGGGUUGGCUGUUGGCGCAUGCUUGA